AAAAAAAAUCACAUCGGUCAAGAAAGUCAGCUAAUUAAUAUUAUCUAUAUGAUUUACGAUUUCUGAUUGGGAAAAUUAGAAAAAGAGCGGAGAAGACUGCGACACUUCCUUCUUCUCUCACACGACCGUUCCCUUUCCGCCUCGCUUGUCAAUUGCAUCACCCAAAGCUUUGCUUCUCCUAUCUUUCCAUCCCUCACAGGCCAAAUCUUACCUGUUUCCCCCUCUUCUCUCUCUCUUUCUCCUCGUUUCUUUCUUUUCCUUGUUCAUCCAUUCAAUUCCCUUCCACCUUACAACUGAUUAUAUCUUUAAUUUUCACUUUCUUUUCUUUCCCUUCUUUCCCUUCUCUUUCCUGACCCCGACCCUACACAAAUAUCCUUCCGAAAUGGCCGAAGCCACAAGCGCUGGUGCCGUGAGCUAUCCGGACACCAAUGGAAGCAGUGUCAAAAAUGCUGUAACAAAUGGACCUGUUGUUGAUCACAUCAAAUCGGAAGCAGCCCGGACCGAACAAGAGCUACGCGACUUGAAAAACGCUCGUGUGACGCCUUCAACCACUACUGCGACCGGCCAACACCUGACCUACUACCACUCCCUGCUGUAUAGCCUUCUGAGCUGGGAACAACCCCGAGCUACCGCUGCUUCAUUUGCGACCGUCGUGACCUUCAUUUUCGCCGCCCGUUACCUGCCUUUGCUCCGCUGGUUCUUCAAGUUCAUUUACGUGGCUCUCGGAUUCACCGCUGCUGCCGAGCUUGGUGGCAGACUCGUGCUGUCGCAGGGACUCGCAAGCUCUUUCCGCCCGCGUAAAUACUACACCAUCCCGAAGGAGACUAUCGAGGGUGUGUAUGAGGAUCUCGAGCAGCUCCUCAAUUUCGUCCUCCUCGAAUUCCAGCGCAUCCUGUUCGCUGAGAAUAUCGUCCACACUGUCGCUGCUUUCGCUGCUGCCUUCAGCGCUUACUGGUUGAUCAAAUGGCUCCCAUUCUGGGGUCUCUCUUUGAUCGCUGUUACCAUUGCCUACCUGGGACCCUUGGUCUACAUGAACAACCGCGAAGUGAUCGAUGCGCACAUCGAAAGCAUCCAGGAAGUGGUCAACUCUCAGGCCCACCAGCUGAAGGAUCUGGCUGAAGAACGGACCUCCCAUGCGACGGGCUUGGUGAAGCAGUACGUCGAUGACUAUAGCGCCAAGGCCCAGGAGUAUAUCGGCCACCGUCGGUCCGUAUCGCCGCAGAUGGCUAAGGUCGCCACCCCGGAACCUGUUAUUAAGAAGGAGAUCGACACCGAGCCCGCGUUUAACACCACGGACUUUCCGGAGGCUCCCAAGGAUGAGCCUGUGGCGGUAGCGGAGUCCAUUGAGCAUCCUGCUUCGAGCGUGGAGAAGGAGCCUCUCCUGGCUGCUUAAGCUGCCUGGGGUCACUCCCCUCGUGCCUUGCUCGAUCAACCGCACAUGGAUAAAUCACCGGACUGGGGUGAUGAACUUGUCGGCCUGUGCAAGAACUUC